AUGAACAGCCGAGAGGAGCACAGGCACUGUCUCUGUAGGCGAAAACCGAGAGUACAUCGGCCUCGUUCUCCAAUAUUGGAAGAAAAAGACAUCCCGCCCCUUGAAUUUCCCAAGUCCUCUGAGGAUUUAAUGGUGCCUAACGAGCAUAUAAUGAAUGUUAUUGCCAUUUAUGAGGUAUUGCGGAACUUUGGCACGGUUCUAAGGUUAUCUCCUUUUCGCUUCGAGGACUUCUGUGCGGCUCUGGUGAGUCAAGAGCAGUGCACACUUAUGGCAGAGAUGCACGUCGUGCUUUUGAAAGCCGUCUUGCGUGAAGAAGACACUUCCAAUACUACCUUUGGACCCGCUGACCUGAAAGACAGCGUGAACUCCACGCUGUAUUUCAUCGACGGCAUGACGUGGCCGGAGGUGCUGCGGGUGUACUGUGAGAGUGACAGGGAGUACCAUCACGUGCUCCCUUACCAGGAGGCGGAGGACUAUCCUUACGGACCGGUGGAGAACAAAAUCAAAGUCCUGCAGUUCCUAGUCGAUCAGUUUCUCACCACAAACAUCGCCCGCGAGGAGCUGAUGUCUGAAGGGGUGAUCCAGUAUGACGACCACUGUCGGGUCUGUCACAAACUCGGGGAUUUGCUUUGCUGCGAGACCUGCUCGGCGGUGUACCAUUUGGAAUGUGUGAAGCCGCCGCUCGAGGAGGUGCCGGAGGAUGAGUGGCAGUGUGAAGUCUGUGUAGCACAUAAGGUGCCUGGUGUGACUGACUGCGUUGCUGAAAUCCAAAAAAACAAACCCUAUAUUCGACAUGAACCUAUCGGAUAUGACAGAAGUCGGAGGAAAUACUGGUUCUUAAACCGAAGACUCAUAAUAGAAGAAGAUACAGAAAAUGAAAAUGAAAAGAAAAUUUGGUACUACAGCACAAAGGUCCAACUUGCAGAAUUAAUUGACUGUCUAGACAAAGAUUACUGGGAGGCAGAACUCUGCAAAAUUCUAGAAGAAAUGCGUGAAGAAAUCCACCGGCACAUGGACAUAACUGAAGACCUGACCAAUAAAGCUCGGGGCAGUAACAAAUCCUUUCUGGCGGCAGCUAAUGAAGAAAUUUUGGAAUCCAUAAGAGCCAAAAAGGGAGACAUUGAUAUUGUUAAAAGCCCAGAAGAAAUAGACAAGGACAAGAAUGAGACUGAAAAUAGUAACUCCAAAGAUGCUGAGAAAAGCAGAGAGGAGUUUGAAGACCAGAUUGUUGAAAAAGACAGUGAUGACAAACCACCAGAUGACGUCGAUCCCGAGCAAGGAAAAUCUGAGGAGCCAACAGAAGUUGGGGAUAAAGGUAACUCUGUGUCAGCAAAUCUUGGCGACAACACAACAAAUGCUUCUUCCGAAGAGACUGUUCCCUCUGAAGGGAGGAGUCCCAUGGGGUGUGUCUCAGAAACCCACGAUAGCAGCAACAUGGCAGAGAAGAAGGUGGCAUCUGAGCUCCCCCAGGACGUGCCAGAAGAACCUAGCAAGACAUGUGACAGCAGUAAGACUAGUGCUACCACUGCCUCCAUCCAGCCUGAUCUGGAGCACAGUAACGGCAGCAGUGAGCUAAACUCUGCCCAGAGUGAAUCUGCUAAGGCAGCUGAUGACCCUGAAAACGGAGAAAGAGAAUCCCAUACACCUGUCUCUAUUCAAGAAGAGAUAGGUGAUUUCAAAUCAGAGAAGUCUAAUGGGGAAGUCAGUGAGUCUCCUGGAGGAGGAAGAGGAGCAUCUGGUUCAACUCGGAUUAUCACCAGGUUACGGAACCCAGACAGCAAACUGAGUCAGCUGAAGAGCCAGCAGGUGGCCGCCGCAGCCCAUGAAGCAAAUAAAUUGUUUAAGGAGGGGAAAGAGGUACUGGUAGUUAACUCUCAAGGAGAAAUUUCACGGUUGAGCACCAAAAAGGAGGUGGUCAUGAAGGGAAACAUCAACAAUUAUUUUAAGUUGGGUCAAGAGGGGAAGUAUCGCGUCUACCACAAUCAGUACUCCACCAAUUCAUUUGCUUUGAAUAAGCAUCAGCACAGAGAAGACCAUGAUAAGAGAAGACAUCUUGCACAUAAAUUCUGCCUGACUCCAGCUGGAGAGUUCAAAUGGAAUGGUUCUGUCCAUGGGUCCAAAGUUCUUACCAUAUCUACUCUGAGACUGACUAUCACCCAGUUGGAAAACAAUAUCCCUUCCUCCUUUCUUCAUCCCAAUUGGGCUUCGCACAGGGCAAAUUGGAUCAAGGCUGUUCAGAUGUGUAGCAAACCCAGAGAAUUUGCAUUGGCUUUAGCUAUUUUGGAGUGUGCGGUUAAGCCAGUUGUGAUGCUGCCAAUAUGGCGGGAAUCUUUAGGACAUACCAGGUUACAUAGAAUGACAUCAAUUGAAAGAGAAGAAAAGGAGAAAGUCAAAAAAAAGGAGAAAAAACAAGAAGAGGAAGAAACAAUGCAACAAGCUACAUGGGUAAAAUACACAUUUCCAGUUAAACAUCAGGUUUGGAAACAAAAAGGAGAGGAAUACCGAGUAACAGGAUACGGUGGUUGGAGCUGGAUUAGUAAAACUCAUGUUUAUAGGUUUGUUCCUAAAUUGCCAGGCAAUACCAAUGUGCAUUACAGAAAGUCAGUAGAAGGAGUUAAAAAUAACAUGGAUGAAAAUAUGGAUGAAUCGGAUAGAAGGAAAAGUCCACGAAGUCCAAAAAAGAUAAAAACAGAACCAGAUUCUGAGAAAGGCGAGGUAAAAGACUCUGAUGCUGCAAAAGGAUCAGACCAAAGUGAAAUGGACAUUUCAAAGGUUACUGAGAAGAAGGAUCAAGAUGUAAAAGAAGUUUUAGAUUCUGACAAUGAUAAAUCCUUUAAAGAAGAACCAAUGGAAAUAGAUGAUGAUGUGAAAACAGAGUCCCAUGUAAAUUGUCAGGAAAGCUCUCAAGUAGAUGUGGUCAAUGUCAGUGAGGGUUUUCAUCUAAGGACUAGUUAUAAAAAGAAAAUCAAAUCAUCCAAACUAGAUGGACUUCUGGAAAGGAGAAUUAAACAGUUUACACUGGAAGAAAAACAACGCCACGAAAAAAUGAAGUUGGAGGGUGGUAUUAAAGGUUCGGGAAAGACCCCUACAAGUUCUGUGAAAAGUCUGUCUGAGUCACCAGUCAUAACGAAAGUAAAAGAAGGAUGUCAGAGUGACUUGAUUACACAAGAACAGAGCUCUAACACAAGUAACGAUAAAUCCGAAGACUCAAUUCAGGGAUAUUCACAGAGUGAUUCCUCAAUUCUUGGAAUCAGUGACCCUGAUCAUACAGCAAACAAACUUUAUUCAAAAGAUCAAAUGUUAGAGGAUGUCUCCAUUCAGAGCACAGAGACACACUGUCAAAAACAAAAUUCUAUUCGAAAUGACAUGGAUGAGGGUCUCUCUGACCCUGCCAGUGAAGGCCAGGAGCCCAGUAAGAUUAAAACAAAAGGAACUGAUUUUCUCAUUGAUGACUCUAAACUAGCCAGCACAGAUGAAAUUGGUACUUUGAUCUAUAAGAACAGAAAACCAUUCAUACAGGACGAUAAUGACACCACUGUGUGUCCCUCCCAGAGCCCUUUGCUUCCAUCAGUACCUAAAAGUAGUGAUGAUAGAGAUAUCCCAUCUCUGUCAAAAGCAAUAGACUUUGAAGGAAAACUGGGAUGUGACUCUGAAUAUAAUAGCACUUUGGAAAAUAGUUCUGAUACUAUGUCUGUUCAGGACAGCAGUGAAGAAGAUAUGAUUGUUCAAAAUAGCAAUGAAAGUAUUUCUGAACAGUUAAUAACUCAAGAACAAGGUAGUGAAGGCUUUGAACCACUGAAACGUGAAUUUGUUUCAGAUAAUACUACUGGAAGCUGUGAUGACAGGCUGCAGGGUAAGGUAAAUGAUGCAAAUGGUAGAAAGCGAAGUCAAGAUCAGAAAUUAGAGGAGAGACCACUUAAUAAAUGUAUUGAUCAAAACAGUCUGAAAAGUGUCACUGAUAAAAAGAAUAAUGAAAACCGAGAGUCUGAAAAGAAAGGACAGAAAGCAGGUACCUUUCAAAUAAAUGGAAAAGAUAAUAAACCUAAAGUAUAUUUGAAAGGUGAAUGCUUGAGAGACAUCUCUGAGAAUAAAAUAGGAAGUGGUGAUGUUGAACCAAAGGUUAAUAAUAUAAAUAAAAUUAUUCCUGAAAACGAUAUCAAGCCUUUGACUGUUAAAGAAUCUGCUGUAAAACCAUUCAUGAAUGGUGAUGUCAUCAUGGAAGAUUUUAAUGAAAAAAACAACUUGGAAACAAAAUCACAUUUACUGAGGUCUUCGGAUGCUGAAGGUGACUACCAUGAUAGCCUGGAGACACUGCCAUCAACCGAAGAGUCUGAGAGCGCCCAGGCCACCAUGCCUCUGCUGUCUUGUCCAGAAGGCAGUUCAUGCAAUCAGGUAGAAGAUAUGGAAAUUGACACCUCCAAAGUUAAGAAAGUUACUUCGUCCCCUAUUACUUCUGGAGAGGAAUCUAACCUCAGUAAUGAUUUUAUUGAUGAAAAUGGCCUGUCCACCAACAAAGAUGAAAAUGUCAAUGGAGAACCUAGAAGAAAAACAGUCAUCACAGAAGUCACCACCACGACAUCCACAGUGGCCACAGAAUCAAAAACCGUAAUUAAGGUAGCAAAGGGUGAUAAGCAGACCGUGGUCUCUUCCACGGAAAACUGCGCCAAGUCGACCGUCAUGACCACCACGACAACAGUGACCAAGCUCUCCACGCCCUCUGCAGGCAGUGAGGUGGACAUCAUCUCUGUGAAGGAGCAGAGCAGAACUGUGGUCACCACAACAGUGACCGACUCGCUGACCACCGCAGGAGGCACCCUGGUAACGUCUAUGACCGUGAGCAAGGAAUAUUCCACCAGAGACAAAGUGAAACUCAUGAAGUUUUCAAGACCCAAGAAGACUCGUUCGGGUACAGCUCUUCCAUCAUACAGAAAGUUUAUCACCAAGAGCAGCAAGAAGAGCAUAUUUGUUUUGCCCAAUGAUGACCUAAAAAAAUUGGCCAGAAAAGGAGGAAUCCGAGAAGUCCCUUAUUUUAAUUACAAUGCAAAACCUGCCUUGGAUAUAUGGCCAUAUCCUUCUCCUAGACCAACCUUUGGUAUCACUUGGAGGUAUAGGCUUCAGACUGUGAAGUCCUUAGCUGGAGUGAGUCUCAUGUUACGGUUACUGUGGGCAAGUCUGAGAUGGGAUGACAUGGCAGCUAAGGCUCCUCCGGGAGGAGGAACCACACGGACAGAAACAUCAGAAACUGAAAUCACAACAACAGAAAUAAUUAAGAGGCGAGAUGUUGGUCCUUAUGGCAUUCGAUCUGAAUAUUGUAUCAGGAAAAUCAUUUGCCCCAUUGGAGUUCCAGAAGCACCCAAAGAAACACCUACACCUCAGAGGAAAGGCCUUCGAUCAAGUGCGUUGCGGCCAAAGAGACCAGAAACGCCCAAGCAAACUGGCCCUGUUAUUAUCGAGACCUGGGUGGCAGAGGAAGAGCUGGAAUUAUGGGAGAUCAGGGCAUUUGCUGAAAGAGUGGAGAAAGAAAAGGCACAAGCAGUUGAGCAACAGGCUAAGGUUAGUGAACAGAAGAAGGCAGAGGACUUCAAGGCCCAAAUGGAGGCUCACCUCAAACAGCAGCGAUUGGCUGCCCAGCAGAAACGAUUGGAACAGCAGAAGCCUACAGUGAUUGCAGCUUCUACUACUUCCCCAACAAACAGUACAACUAGUACCAUCUCUCCAGCACAGAAAGUCAUGGUGGCCCCCAUAAGUGGCUCGGUCACAACCGGAACUAAAAUGGUACUCACUACUAAAGUUGGAUCUCCCGCUACAGUAACAUUCCAGCAGAACAAGAACUUUCAUCAAACCUUUGCCACCUGGGUUAAGCAAGGCCAGUCAAAUUCAGCCACCAGCACAGCUGCCACAUCUGCUCCAACCAUUGCCAGCACAGGUCAGACGUUCCAAAUUACAGGCAAUCCAGUCACUAUGGCAGGAAAAGUAAUUACCAAACUUCCACUUCCUGCAAACAGCAAGAUUGUCGCUGUAAAUGUGCCAGCAACACAAGGAGGCGUUGUUCAAGUACAGCAGAAAGUCCUGGGUAUCAUUCCAUCGAGUACAGGUACAAGUCAGCAAACCUUUACUUCAUUCCAGCCCAGGACAGCAACAGUCACCAUUAGGCCCAAUACCUCAGGCUCUGGAGGAACCACAACCGCUUCCCAAGUCAUCACAGGGCCUCAGAUCCGCCCUGGUAUGACGGUGAUUAGAACUCCACUCCAGCAGUCAACACUAGGAAAGGCAAUUAUUCGAACACCUGUGAUGGUACAGCCAGGUGCUCCUCAGCAGGUGGUGACACAAAUCAUCAGAGGGCAGCCUGUUUCCACUGCGAUCUCUGCCCCUAGUACUGUUUCCUCCACACCUGCACAGAAGGGGUUAACUUCAGGAACAUCCACCCCGAGUCUGCAGCCUUCAACCUCACAGCCGCCUCGUCCCCAGCAAGGACAGGUGAAACUGACCAUGGCUCAGCUCACUCAGUUAACACAGGGCCACGGUGGCAAUCAAGGUUUGACAGUAGUCAUUCAAGGACAAGGUCAGACUACUGGGCAGUUGCAGUUGAUACCUCAAGGGGUGACUAUACUUCCGGGCCCAGGACAGCAGCUGAUGCAGGCUGCAAUGCCAAAUGGUACCGUUCAGCGAUUUCUCUUCACCCCGUUGGCAACCACAGCCGCCGCCACCAGCAGCACCACCACCACCGUCUCCACCACAGCAGCAGGUACAAGUGAACAAAGACAGAGUAAAUUAUCGUCCCCGACACAGGUGCAGCCAGCCAAAAGCCUGCCUCCAGCUCCGUCGAGCGUGAGUCCUCCAGAAGCCCAGCCUCAGCCUGCGCAGCCCGCUCAGCCUCCAGCUCAGCCUUCAGCUCAGCCCCAGCCCCAAACCCAGCCCCCAGCCCCAGCUCAGCCUGAAACUCAGACUCAGCCUGAAGUUCAGACCCAAACAACUGUGGCCUCCCAUGUCCCUCCUGAAGCACAGCCCACCCAAGCACAGUCCUCCAAACCCCAGGUUGCAGGACAGUGUCCGCCUCAGAGUAAUGUCCAAGGACAGUCUCCUGCUCGCGUCCAGAGCCCACCACAGACUCGAGUACGUCCAUCGACGCCAUCCCAAGUGUCUCCCGGACAGCAGGCCCAGGGUCAGACUACAGCCUCCCAACCGAUUCCAAUCCAGCCACAUACAUCUCUUCCGACACCUUCCCAGGGCCAGCCACAGUCACAACCCCAGGUACAGUCUUCAACUCAAACUCUUUCACCAGGACAAGCGUUAAGUCAAGUUACUGUUUCAUCCCCGCCCCGUCCUCCGCUCCAAGUACCGCAGCCUCAGCCCCAAGUCCUGGCUGUGCCGCAGCUGCCACCACAAGUCCAGGUUCUCUCCCAGAUCCAGUCACAGGUUGUGGCUCAGAUACAGGCUCAGCAAGGUGGUGUGCCCCAGCAGAUCAAACUCCAGUUACCUGUUCAGAUUCAGCAAAGCAGCCCUGUGCAGACUCACCACAUUCAGAAUGUGGUUACAGUGCAGGCAGCCAGUGUGCAAGAGCAGUUGCAGAGGGUUCAGCAACUCAGGGAUCAGCAGCAAAAGAAGAAGCAGCAACAGAUAGAAAUUAAGCGGGAACACACCCUCCAAGCUUCUAAUCAAAGUGAAAUCAUUCAGAAACAGGUGGUGAUGAAGCAUAAUGCUGUAAUAGAACAUUUAAAACAGAAAAAGACCAUGACUCCAGCUGAAAGAGAAGAGAAUCAAAGAAUGAUUGUCUGUAACCAGGUGAUGAAGUAUAUUUUGGAUAAGAUAGAUAAAGAAGAAAAACAGGCAGCAAAAAAACGGAAGCGAGAAGAGAGUGUGGAACAGAAACGUAGCAAACAGAAUGCCAGCAAGCUCUCUGCACUGCUCUUCAAGCACAAAGAGCACCUCAAAGCUGAAAUACUGAAAAAGAGAGCGCUGCUAGACAAAGAUCUACAAAUUGAAGUGCAGGAAGAGCUCAAGAGGGACCUGAAAAUUAAGAAGGAAAAAGACAUGGUGCAGGCCGCAGCAGUAACUGCCACCUGCCCCGCAGCCCCACCUGCACCUCCAGCCCCUCCGCCUUCGCCUCCGCCUCCGCCUCCCCCCCAGCACCCGGGCCCCCUGGCCACGGCCACGACCACGCUGCCCGUGGCUUCCCAGAAAAGGAAGCGGGAAGAGGAGAGAGACUCCAAGUCCAAGAAGAAGAAAAUGAUCUCUACUACCUCAAAGGAAACUAAGAAGGACACAAAGCUUUAUUGUAUCUGUAAAACGCCUUACGAUGAAUCUAAGUUCUAUAUUGGCUGUGAUCUUUGUACUAACUGGUAUCAUGGAGAAUGUGUUGGCAUCACAGAAAAGGAGGCUAAGAAAAUGGAUGUGUACAUCUGUAAUGAUUGUAAACGGGCACAAGAGGGCAACAGUGAGGAAUUGUACUGUAUCUGCAGAACACCUUAUGAUGAGUCACAAUUUUAUAUUGGCUGUGAUCGGUGUCAGAAUUGGUACCAUGGGCGCUGCGUUGGCAUCUUGCAAAGUGAGGCAGAGCUCAUUGACGAGUAUGUCUGUCCACAGUGCCAGUCAACAGAGGAUGCCAUGACAGUGCUCACGCCGCUCACAGAGAAAGAUUACGAGGGUCUGAAGAGGGUGCUGCGAUCUUUACAGGCCCAUAAGAUGGCCUGGCCUUUCCUUGAACCAGUGGAUCCUAACGAUGCACCAGAUUAUUAUGGUGUUAUUAAGGAACCUAUGGACCUUGCCACCAUGGAAGAAAGAGUACAAAGAAGAUAUUAUGAGAAGCUGACGGAAUUUGUAGCAGAUAUGACCAAAAUUUUUGAUAAUUGUCGUUACUACAAUCCAAGUGACUCCCCUUUUUACCAGUGUGCAGAGGUUCUUGAAUCAUUCUUUGUACAGAAAUUGAAAGGAUUCAAGGCUAGCAGGUCUCAUAACAACAAACUGCAGUCUACAGCUUCUUAAAGUUCAGCGUGUUAACCUAACAUAAAACACAGCAAGAAUCUGGUUGUCUGAACUAUUUUAAAAUUAAGGAGCCAGAUGUUUUUAGUCAGGUUAUCCUGACAAGACUUGACCUAAACUUCGUUUUUAUUGGUCAUAACAGUCCAAUUAUAUUCUUGGCCAAUUUUGUCCAACGGACAAGGGAAAAGCAAAGUCAACGACACCAUUAUCUUGUCAAGAUCAAAUGGUUUUACUAUUGUGGCAGAAGCGGGAAAACUUUGUUUAUUGAAAAAAAAGAAAGCAAGAAAAAAAAAGAUAAUAUGGGGUCAAGUGUAACUCCAUGGAAAUGCCACGUCUGCUCUUCAGUGAAGAAGCUGGUUUAGAGUCUCACAGAAAACUUUCAACUGUAUUUAUUUAUUGUUGCAAAAAAGACGCUUUUUUAUUGCUGCCCUCAUUUGUCAGCUAAUUAUUUUUUCUUAUAAAAUCCAGCCCCGGUUACAUGUAAUCCAUUCUGUAUCUUAUCAUGAUUCCUGUAGGUAAAAGUACAAGACGACCUCUAGAUGUCUUUUCUUUCUAUGAAAGGAGCUGCUAUGUACACAUGUGCACACACACAUACACACACACACACACACACACACACACACAACUGGGAAUCAACAAUGAGUUUAUUGUUCAUAGUAGAUAAAAAUUAAGCUUGCAUAAAGGUUGGGCUAAGUGGUCCUGGAUUACAGACUCUGUUGCCUUGAAUAUAACAGAACAAUUUGUCAUUUACUCUGCACCAGGCUAAAAUGAGUAAAAUCUAUUUGAAGGUAUCUUGUUUGUAAACAUUUGUCAGAUUCUAAUUUUUUUUUCUUUUUGUAUUAAAAUUCAACUAUGGAUGUAUAUGAAACAAAAUAAAUGGAGAUCAUUUUUCUCCCACAGAUGGUGUCUUUGAAUGUGCGCUAAUGAUUCUCCGUAAGCUUUUGAGGGGAAAGGGAGGGCUGCAAGGUAGAAAAAUAAAAAGGCAGAAGGAUCUGAUUGUACCUGGAUUUCUCCAGGGCAGUAGUGCUCCUAAAUUUUACAAUUCCCAGCCCACUGUCAUCAUGUCAAAGAAAAUAUUCAGCGGUGCUAAUCCUGUUGCAUCAAUUGAUCAGACUGAUUUUUUAAAAGAUAAUGUGACAGAAUACACGUUGCCUUCAUCUAUACGUUUUAUGAUACCAGGCAGAUUACCCUUUACAGACUGCUACUUAUAUUUUAUGAAGGGCAUUUUUUUUUUAAUGACUUCAUCCUCUCUGUAUUUGUUGGUCAGUUGAGUUGUUUGGGGUUUUUUCCCACAUAAGAAAAAGUAGUGUAAGCAGUAGGGGAAAAUGGAAACCUCAGAGGAAGGUGUAGUUUGCAUGUUUUUCCUUUCAGUGUUUUAAUCUUAAACGUCGUAUUUCUACAUUGUCAUAAUCACUUCUAUGAGAUCUGCCAUAGUUGGUUUAUGCAGCUUUGCAAAAAUUUUACUAGAUUUUGCACUAAUUCAUAUUAGCUUUGUCCUACCAGGUUCUGAAAUUUUAUCUAAUUGUUGUUUUUUAAGUUUCCUCUGUUUAAUAUCACCCUGCUAUGCAAAACCUUCCCAGACCUUAGUUUCUUAAAAGAAAGAUGUUACUGCAGUUCCAAAUUAUUUCUUAUUACAGGCUCAGGUGUACAAGUUAUUCUGGGUUAAUUUUAUCUAAUGAAGCCCAUUCCUUUUUGUACAUAAAAAUGUCACUUACAAACUAAAGAGACUAAUGGUUCAACAUUGAAAACAUGGAAACAAAGUUUUUGCUUAAAAUAUUAACAUGAAGGUAGUCAAACAUAGGUUAAAUUUUGUCCUUUUGCUUUUAAAAAAAAUGUUACAUAUUGUAUGCACUGUGCUGAUGCAAGAAUCCUACAUUUUAAUGAAUUAUGAAAUUAUUUUGCAUCUCAUCACAUCACAGUAUUUCUGUACUAUUUAUUCAUAUAUAUAGAUAUAUAUGGGCUUAAUCACUUAAAACGUUGCGUCAAGAACUUUCCUAUCUGUAGGCAAUAGAUUGCUAUGUUUUUAACAGAUUGUGGCAAAUUUAAACAGCAAUUCUUUUUGUACGUAAUAGGACAUUUCAUCCUAGAAAAAUAAAGUAAUGUUUUUGACGUUGGA